CAGGCCUUGAUAGUGACUCAAAUCCCAAUUCUGUAUAAAUAUCCACCCACUUCCAAGUCUCCUCUGUAGGUAGUCGCCGUUCAUCUAUCAAAACUCCUAAUAUCACAGACCAAUAGUGUGGAAAGAGGAUGGGACAGGACAAGCCGAUCGUCUUGCUUCUCCAAGGAGCGUGGCAUAUUCCUCUGCACUACCGUUACAUUAUCGACGGACUCCGAAGUAGCGGGUAUAAAGUUCUUGCUCCAUCGCUUGUCACAACUAGGUAUGAUGGCUUCAUAGACGAUAAAACAUAUAUCGUUGCUACUGCGUAGGUUCGGACAAUAUCUAGCGCCUUAUCUCAGCCAAAGCAACAGAGUAGUCAUGAUCUGUUUUAGUUAUGAAGGUAUUGCUGCAACGCAGGUAUCAGCCGGCUCGGCCC